ACACAGUAACUGCCUGUGCCAGAGUCUGUCUGCGCUCUCAGCUCAAGCCCUCUUAAAGCUGUUUUUCUGCAGGAGAUCAGCGAGAGCUAACGACACACAGCUGGCUCUGCCGAAGACAGAAGGACAAGAGGGGAAUUGAGGACCAGUAGGGAGGAGAGGACGAGCACAGGGGGGGGAAAGAAACCACCAGCAGCCUCUUAACUUCUGUCUCUGUGGUGCAGUCAUUCUUCAGCAGCGAGUGUUUUCUGCUGUAUUUCAGGACUUUUUUUGUGAGGGGGGGUGGAAAAUAAGAGGAAAAGAAGAGGGGUUAGAGUUCACAUGACAUAAUCGGAGUGAAUGGGUUACCAUGGUGACUCACCCAGGGAGCCUGACCCGUGCAGAGUGAAUGGAGAGAGCGCCUUGGACACCAAGUGAACGAUAAACUAACGGAGGGGGGUUACCAGAGAGAGAGAGAGGAAGAAAGAGAGAGAGAGAGGGGGGACGGCAAAGGAGCGGUGGAUAACAGAGGGAGCACAGAGAAGCGGAGCAGAGGUUGAGAAUGGAGGACGGGUUUUCCAGCUACAGCAGCUUGUAUGACACCUCAUCACUGCUACAGUUCUGCAACGAUGACAGUGCGUCAGCAGCCAGCAGUAUGGAGGUGACCGACCGCAUCGCCUCCCUGGAGCAGAGGGUCCAGAUGCAAGAAGACGAGAUUCAGCUGCUAAAAUCUGCUCUAGCUGACGUGGUGCGCCGACUCAACGCGUCUGAAGAGCAGCAGGCCAUGGGGUCACGCAGAGGACCCACCAAAGACCCUUCUUUGAUGAGAAAGUCUCCCUCAGCAGACAGCAAUGUUGGGAAGCCAGCCAGGCCAAUGAUUGCCACCCUGCCGUUGCGGCCCACAGUAAACAACGGGACCAUCCUACCAAAGAAAGGCAGCGGGACUCUGCCCUCCCCAUCUGGAUCUGGAUCCAGGAAGGACGCCAGCACACCAGCCACCAAGAGUUUGUCUUCUCUGUCUCGCGCAACCAGAAUCCUCUACCUGCCCCUCAGCACUGUGAGGAGAGCCAACUCAAACGAACAUGUGGGAACUCUUACGAGGAAAGAUUCGGGCGACUCCAAGGGCAACCGAACCCGCGCCGGAUCCACCGGCAGCAAUUCCAGUGGCAAAAAGAGUGACAGCAAACAGAGGGAUCCAGUGUUCAAUGCAGGGAUGCGACGUGUGACCCACUGCAAAGAGGAAGGUUAUGUGAGAAUGUACUUGAAGGGUCGUCCCAUCACCAUGUACAUGCCCAAAGACCAGGUGGACAGCUACAGUUUGGAGGCCAGAGCCGACCUGCCCAGCAACAAGCUCAAACUGGACUGGGUUUAUGGUUACCGCGGUCGAGACUGUCGCUCCAACCUUUACUUGUUGCCCACUGGAGAAACGGUGUAUUUCAUCGCCUCAGUGGUCGUCCUGUUCAAUGUGGAUGAGCAGCUACAGAGACACUACACUGGACACACAGAUGACAUCAAAUGCCUGGCGGUCCACCCCGAUAAAAUCACCAUAGCAACCGGUCAGGUAGCAGGCACCUCUUCAGAUGGGAAACAGCUGGCUCCUCAUGUCCGUGUGUGGGACUCUGUCAGCCUCAAUACCCUCCAUGUUCUUGGCGCAGGCUUCUUUGACCGAGCCUUGGUCUGCCUGGCUUUCUCCAAGUCGAAUGGAGGAAACACACUAUGUGUCGUUGACGACUCCAAUGACCACGUCCUCUCCAUCUGGGACUGGCAGAGAGAGGACAGACUAGCUGAGGUCAAGUGCUCCACAGAGUCAGUGUUUGCUGCGGACUUUCACCCGACAGACUGCAACAUAAUAGUGACCUGCGGCAAGUCCCAUCUCUAUUUCUGGAACAUGGAGAAAGGCUUGCUGGUCAAGAAGCAAGGACUGUUUGAGAAACAGGAGAAGCCCAAGUUUGUGUUGUGUGUGACCUUUGCAGAAAAUGGAGACGCCAUCACAGGAGACUCAAGCGGCAACAUUCUGGUGUGGGGAAAAGGCACUAAUCGUAUCAGCCACGUCAUCCAAGGAGCUCACGAGGGCAGCAUCUUUGCUCUGUCCACGCUGAGGAAUGGCACGCUGGUGUCUGGAGGGAAAGACCGCAGGCUUGUCUCGUGGGACAGCAGCUACCACCAGAUACAAACAGUGGAGGUGCCUGAAUUGUUUGGUCCCAUCCGGACCAUAGCAGAGGGCAGGGGGGAGACUGUGCUCAUCGGGACCACCAAGCACUUUGUUUUGCAAGGCAGUUUGGAUGGAGAAUUCAUGCCUAUUACACAGGGUCACACGGAUGAGUUGUGGGGUCUGGCUGUCCACCCCUCAAAGCCCCAGUUCCUCACCUGUGGCUAUGACAGGCAGGUCUGCAUGUGGGAUUCCAGUACCCAUCAGCUCAUCUGGACGAAGAGUAUGGAUGAUGCUGCCCAAUCAGCAGGCUUCCACCCGUCUGGAGCUGUGGUUGCCAUAGGAACCCAAACUGGCAGGUGGCUGGUACUCGACACUGACUCCAAGGAUCUUGUCACAAUGCACACAGAUGGGAAUGAACAGCUGUCUGUUAUGAGCUAUGGGCCCGAUGGUAACUUCCUGGCCAUCGGUUCCCAUGACAACUACAUCUAUGUCUACGCUGUGGCAGAAAAUGGGAGGAAGUACAGUCGAGUUGGGAAGUGCUCGGGACACUCUAGUUUCAUCACCCAUCUGGACUGGUCAGUGGACUCCCAGUACCUGGUAUCAAAUUCAGGGGACUAUGAGAUACUGUAUUGGAUCCCAUCAGUGUGUAAGCAGGUGGUCAGUGUGGAGACCACCAGAGAUAUCGAGUGGGCCACCUACACCUGCCCUCUGGGCUUCCAAGUCUUCGGCUUGUGGCCCGACGGCUCAGACGGCACUGACAUCAACGCUGUCUGCAGGACCAAUGAUAAGAGCCUCCUAGUUACUGGAGACGACUUUGGGAAGGUCCAUCUAUUCUCAUACCCCUGUUCACAGUUCAGGGCUCCCAGCCAUGUUUAUGGCGGCCACAGCAGUCACGUAACCAAUGUAAACUUCCUGCAUGACGAUAGCUACCUGGUGUCGACAGGAGGGAAGGACAUGAGCGUGAUGCAGUGGAGGAUAGUCUGAGGGAGCCGACACAGACAGAUACUCACGGUUUCUUACUGCUGCUGGAGCAAACUGAACUGAACUGCACCAAACGUAACCGAACCAAACUUAAAUUAACUCAGAUGCUUAAAAAAAAAGGCGGAUCCACCUGAACUGAAGUGAAUUGACAGAAGAGGAACCAGAGGUUUCCUCCCUGAUCUGUUCUCACAUCCCAAAAGAGAUGAACUGUUUGGAGGUGUAAUGUGAGGUUGCUUGAAAUACAAAAAAUCUUGAAUAUUUCUAAUUUUUCUUUACUCACACUACAUGUAAAAAGAAUCUCCUCUCUCUCACGUACUGUAGCCUACCCACCAAUGAUACAAACUCAAACGGAUCAAAUCCACCUAAACAGAACCAAAGGCUCUGACUUUCUGACUGCAUAUGUACAGUUUGGCUUUCACUGUUCUUGUUUUGUGCACAGAUGAUAAACUGAAGAGGUUUAUUUCGCUGCCUGUCAGAAUCGUUCCACUGAAUAUUGUCUCGCUGGAGAAGAGCAUUGGAACAAAAACUGUGUACGGAAAGAAAGAACGUAAUGAUUUUUAAAAUUGUUAAACUUUCUUUUAUUUGGUAUUUAACAACUCAGGAAAGCACUAGUGAAGCAGGACUCUUCGCUGUCAUUAACAUUGACUUAUCAGAGAAAAGCCCUAAACACAUCUCACUAAAACAUGCAGAGAAGCAUCAAGCACGGUUAAUAUCAGAUUAAGCUGUUGUCCAAUCAUUGUUGAUUUAUUUACAUUGACUAAUAGUGUAUGAAAAUGACAUAUACAGUCUAGGCAAAUGCUAAUUAAAUGCAGCAAGGACAAUACUGUCGAUGUCAGAAACUGUGAUCAUUUGGGGGAAUAAUUUUAAGGCGAUGAAAAAUUACAUUAUCUGGAUUCAGAGUUAGGAUUUAAACCAUUUUCCACAACAUUAUCUUAACAUGUUUUUGUGCUUCCUGGUCUUAAAAAAGGCUCCUUUUCUAUUUUUUAUUUAUCAUGAGUCAACUCUCUCACUGACAAGUUCCUUUGAGUUUUUCCUACAAUAAAUCCCUGUCUAUUCCCAAAUGUGUAAAUAUACAGAAAGGCUUGAAACAGAUAUGAGCAAAAUGAGUUGUUGUAUCUGUCCUUUGCCUCGAGAUUCAAGGAAAAUGAAAAUCAAGCAUGUGUUGGGUUUUUUCAGUGAUGAUGAUGACUUUUCAAAUCUAUAUCUAUCUGCAUUUUAUUGCACCGGGAUCGGUUUAGGAAGGAUAAGUGUGAGACCAUUACACUGUAACUGUUUACGUCUGACAUGCUCCUCAGUCACUGAUGAGAUAUUGAACAGAACUGAUUGAACUUUCUUGAGGUGAUUUUUUUUUACUAUAAUGCACUGCUUCAGCCUGAUAAAUAUAACAACAGGUCUCCAAGGUGGGUUAAAUCCUGGAAUUGGUUAAAGAUACUUGAAAUUGAGAGGUGAAACAUCUUCAAGGAUCUUCAACCAAGUCCAGUUGCCACUGAUUUUAACCCACCUUAGAGAACUAUGACCUGGAUAACUGAGAAUCUUCAAGGACAUACAGCAGGUCUAUUUACCUGCACAAUGGAAUAAGCAAAUCACAAUUUAGCACUUACUGGAGCUUUUCUUGAACCAAUAAUGUCUGCUUUCAGCCUUGCAAGCUGUGUCCUGUCCAUACACCCACUGUGCGGUGUGUAGCACGUCACACUUGUCAUCUUAUGGUUAUUACACGUGUUCACGAAUAAACAAGAUGUCUUUGAUUGAGGAAUCAGCAGAUUUUAGUAUGACCAUGAACUGCCACUUAUACGAGGCAUACUGGUAUUAUUUUGAAUUUCUACUGGUUGAUUGUUGGCGCUGUCUUAUCAGGAAAACUACUGAAUCUCCAGCAGUGAUAUAAAGUCACCACUCUACAGAGUGAAUGUAACAUGAUUUGUCUUACCACUAAACUCUUGGGGCUACAGAAUACCAUUGAACAUUUAACAUUUGUCUGAAAGUAAAUGCAACAUGAAAUUCC